CAGCUCUGCCUCACAAUCACAUCAAAUGGUCCCAGCUGUGUGAGGCUGUGUGCUCUUUGCUUUCGUGGUCAGUACAGCAGAGCAACAGAUCCCUGUAACUUCCUGCUGAAAAAGACACUUUGAAGGUUUGGCUUAAUAAUUUGUGAGCAUUCAUGUAACUUCAUAGACUGGCUCAGCUCUUCAGCACACAUGGCUGCUGGGUUUCUAAUCAGCAGGCUGCUGUUGGUCUUUUUGAUGAGUGAAGUCAAAUUCUCUUCUGUUUUUCCAUCAAGUGGAGUUUGGGGGUCUCCUGAAUUAACCAGCAACGAGUCUGAUCAGCCUGACAAAGCUCAGAUCAGUCCUCUGUUGAAACUUGUGACAGGUGUAUUGAAGCACUCGCGCAACACAAAUGUGUACAAUCAACCCAGUACAAUCCAACAUCAUCCGGAGCCCCAAAACCAACAGACCGACCGAGCAAUCAAAUGGAUUGCUGACGUGUUUAAACCGAGAGAUAACUCUUUUGAACAUUCCAGAAACUUUUUGAGGAACACAGAGGCCAGUCCGACUGUGUACAGUCAACCCAGUAUGUACCAACAUCCUCAGGAUCCCUAUCAGCUGCAGACUGAACAUCCAGUCGAAUGGUUGAGACCAGAAGAUGAUUAUGCAGUAGAGUCCAAAGCCCCACAGAGCAACACUAGGUUUGGUUCCAUCAUUAAAAGCCUCACUGGGACCGGUGAUACCACAGCCACUGCAGAACCUCCCACACUGCAGGAUCAAGAUGACUUUGGUUCUGCUUAUUGGCCUGAGUACUCAGAUGUUUACAGUUACCCUCAUCAAGAGCUGCCUUCAUAUGGUCUACACUAUCCAAACGUCCACCUGGACAUGCCUCUUCCCUUUGCUCCGUCCAUGCCGUAUGAGCCUUUGAGUCUGCAGAGACUUAUUGGACUGAUUAAUCCCCUCAAACAGGGUUUACUGCAGACAGGGGUGGGUCUGUUUAACUCUGCAGGCCCUCUUCACUUCAAUGCCAAUCCAGCCUAUCCCUUUCGACAGCAGUACCCCUGCCCCCACGCGCGGGUCUCCAUGUACCAUCCUGCCCACUUCCCACAACAGGCUCCAUCUUUCUGGCCCCCAUUACAGCAUGGUCAAAGACAGUACUACCACCCCCACCACGGCCCCCCUUACCACUUUCCACGACAGCUUCAGCCCCUGCAUCAUUAUGCUCCACAUCCACCUCAUUAUGGGCCCCAAUACCACCUCCCUCAGGAGCCCAACAGGAGGAUGUUCAUGAGAUGACCGUGGUGAUGCCUGUGAGGAGUUUUCUGCAAAGAAUGGAUAACAUGUUAUUAAUAAAGAAGCUUAUUGACGAAUCA